AUGGAUCCCUUAAGCGCUCUAUAUGCGGCGGAUUUUGGCAAGUGGGGCCACGCGGAUUCCAGAAUACCUGUCGUUCGGGCGCUUGAACAUCUCCUUCCGGGCCAUAGCGGCUCAUACGCGCGACAGCGUCCGCAGAUUGGUGCCGUCAAAUUUUGGCCGAUGGGAAACCAUGUGUGCCUGCGCAUUUGUGACCAACAGGAACGCCUUGCGAAACGCGGCAUCGCCGAUACCGUCAGGUGGAGCUGUGGGUAUGGAAGCGUGCUAUCCUGACAAGUGUAUGGAUAUACCACCAUGAACGCUGCGGUAUCAUGCGCUCGUGAGAGUUUCGUGAAACUACCGCAAU